AUGUCUAACGGAUUUUUAAGAGCUGAAGGUACUAAGAUUGUCGAUGCUGAUGGUAAGCCGGUUGUCUUAAAGGGUACUGCUAUUGGUGGUCACUUAAAUAUGGAAAACUUCAUUACUGGUUACCCAGGUCAUGAAACCGAACACAAGAAGGUUUUAAAGAAGGUCAUUGGUCAAGAAAAGUUUGACUUCUUCUUUGACAAAUUUUACGAAUACUUCUGGACUGAUGCUGAUGCUGAAUUCUUCGCUAAGGACUUAGGUUUCAAUGCUUUAAGAAUCCCAUUCAACUACCGUCAUUUCAUUGAUGAUGAAGGUGAUUUCUUCAAGAUCAACCCAAAGGGUUUUGAAAGAUUAGACAGAGUCAUUGACAUCUGUGCUAAACACGGUAUUUAUACCAUUUUAGAUUUACAUGCUGUUCCAGGUGGUCAAAACCAAGAUUGGCACGCUGAUUCUGCUAUCCACAAGUCUAUCUUCUGGGAUUUCAAGGUUUUCCAAGACUGUAUUGUUAACUUAUGGGUUGAAUUAGCUAAGCACUACAAGGACAACACUUGGGUUGCUGGUUACAAUCCAUUGAACGAACCUGCUACUCCAGAUCACUCCAAGUUAGUCGAUAUCUACAAGAGAUUCGAUGUUGAAAUUAGAAAGGUUGAUCCAAACCAUAUUUUCUUCCUUGAUGGUAACACUUACUCCAUGGAUUUCAGACAAUUCCCACCUGCUGAUUUCAUCAAGAACGCUGUUUACGCUAUCCACGAUUACUCUGUCUACGGUUUCCCAUCCUUAGAUGGUUACUUAUACAAGGGUACUCCAGAAGAAAAGGCUAAGUUGAAACAACAAUACGAAAGAAAAUUGGAAUACAUGCAAAAAUACCAAGUUCCAGUUUGGAAUGGUGAAUUCGGUCCAGUUUAUGCUUCUAAGGAAAGAGGUGACGAAGACCCAGAUUUCAUUAACAGACACAGAUACAAUGUCUUAAAGGAUCAAUUAGCUAUUUACAAGCAAGGUGAUCCAUCUGGUGACGGUUCUCCAAUCUCUUGGUCUAUUUGGGUUUACAAGGAUAUUGGUUACCAAGGUUUAACUUAUGUUUCUCCAGAAUCUAAAUGGUACGAAAUCUUCGGUAAAUGGUUAUUAAAGAAGAAGAAGUUAGGUUUAGACAGAUGGGGUAACGAUAUCGACCCAAAGAAUGACAAGUUAUACGAAGACUUAGUUCAACACAUUCUUGAAAACACUCCAGAAAAGUACCACAGAGCUUUAUACCCUCACCAAUGGCACGUUAAGGAUUACGUUUACAGAGUCUGUAAGGAUAUGUUAUUCUCCCAAAUUUCUCAACACGAAUACGCUGACUUAUUCGUUGGUUUAUCUUUCGAAGACUUAGAUGAAUUAGCUGCUUCUUUCAAGUUCGAAAACACUGUUAAGAGAGAUGAAUUAAAUGCUAUCUUAAAGGACUACUAA